CAUCAUAGAGAGUGUCCAAUAUAGUAAACAGAGUUGAUAUGGCCAAGUAUUGCAAUGUUGUGCUUAUUCUUGCUCUAGCAGUGAUGGUUCAAGCAACCGCAAGGAAUGUGCCUAACGAUGCUGCUGGUCUCAAUGACCAAAAGAACUUCCUCACGUACGGUGGCGUUGGAGGCUACUCUGGCAUUGGAGCGAAUGGCAUGCCGAUUGGUGGUGUUGGGAGUGCUGGAGGUGUGACUAACCUUGAUGGUACAGGUGGGACUGGCGGCGUAUUAGGCGUUGGGUUUGGAAGUGGUGCUGGCUCCGGCGCCGGUGUCGGAGUUGGAGGUGGUGUAGGUGGUACUGGUGCUGGCAUUGAAAGUGCGCCUGGUUCCAUCCAUUUUCCUUGAACUUCGUUGGGGUUUAACUUGUGUUAGAGUAAUAUUAUAGUUGCUCUAGAGUGUGUGGCAUGUUUAAGAUUGUAGUAAUGCUUGUUGGAUGUUGAGAUGUUAUCGUCCUUUAUUUUCUUAUGUAGCAAUGCAUCAUGUCUUUUGCUU